UAGACACUGACUCCCACACUGUAUUCUACCUCAGGGGAUCCCACUACUGGCACCAGUGAUUAGCUCUCAGCCUUCCCAUUAGCAGGGUGAGCAGCCGGCUGAGCAGGAGUGACCGUUCUGCAACGUCAAAGCUAAAAGUACGAGUUCAUGUGUAGCAGCGGUCACACCCAUUACCUGCCAGUUACCUCUGCUGUGAAUGCUACCUGUGUAUGUCUCUCUCGUAUGCCACAGAUAAGUCACCUCCAAUCUCACAGGGUCACAUCAGACGACUACAAAGUAACCCACUCACAUUACCUGCAGACUACAGAUUGCCCCAGCGAGUGCUGCCUCUUCCACCUUUAGGAUGGGAUCCUUCUUGAGGCUUCUAUCCCUCUGUGUACUGCUUUGCUGUGGGAUUGCUGUAGCAGGGGACAGCACUAUAACCCCUCGUCUAAAACUUUCCUAUCAAGACCUGUCUCGGCACGGUCUCAGGACGUACACGGUAGAGCGCUCUUGUUGUUUUGACACACUUUUAUUAGAUGAGGAGAGAGGACGUCUCUUUGUUGGGGCCAAAAACUAUCUAAUGUCCUUAAGUCUGGAAGACAUCAGCAAAAAUGACUUGAUGAUUUACUGGCAGGCUCCUGUGGAUUGGAGAGAAGAGUGCAACUGGGCAGGGAAAGACAUCAAUACAGACUGUAUGAACUAUGUGAAGAUCCUGCAGCCGUAUAACCGCACACAUCUAUACGCUUGUGGUACAGGCGCAUUCCAUCCCACCUGCGCAUAUGUACAUGUAGGGCAGCGCACAGAGGACACAGUGUUAAAGCUUGAUAUGAGAAAGCUGGAGGAUGGAAAGGGCCGUUGCCCAUAUGACCCUAAACACGCAGGCGCAGCAGUGCUCAUUGGGGAAGAGCUGUUCUCUGGAGUUGCCACUGAUCUGAUGGGACGAGAUUUCACCAUAUUCCGCAGCCUGGGCAGACGUCCUCCGUUACGCACUGAGCAGCAUGACUCCCGUUGGCUCAAUGAACCAAAGUUUGUGAAAGUUUCCUGGAUCCCUGAGAGUGAAAACCCAGAUGAUGACAAAAUCUACUUCUUCUUCCGGGAGACACCAGUUGAGGGUCUUGGUGGAGUGAAACAGUCAUAUGCCCGCAUUGGACAAAUCUGCAGGAAUGACAUGGGUGGUCAGCGGAGCUUGGUCAACAAAUGGACAACUUUUCUAAAGGCUCGUUUAAUGUGCAGCGUGCCGGGGAAUGAUACUGGGGAGGAUACUCACUUUGAUGAGCUGAGGGAUGUAUUUGUGCUGCAGACUCGUGACAGGAGGAACCCUCUUAUAUAUGCCUUGUUCUCCACAUCCAGUUCCGUGUUUCGUGGUGCUGCUGUCUGUGUUUACACCAUGAAUGAUGUGCGCAGAGCUUUCCUAGGGCCUUUUGCUCACAAGGAAGGAAUCAACUACCAGUGGGUGUCAUAUCAAGGAAGGGUGCCAUAUCCUCGUCCUGGCAUGUGUCCGAGUAAAACUUAUGGUAACUUGGAAUCCACCAAAAGCUUCCCAGAUGAUGUUCUCCAGUUUGCCCGGAAUCACCCACUAAUGUACAACCCUGUGACACCAGGGUCUGGUCGGCCUGUUUUCCUCCGCAGUCAUGGGGACAUCUCAUUCACCCGGCUCACAGUGGACAGAGUGACGGCUACUGAUGGAGACUAUGAUGUUAUGUUUAUUGGAACUGACAGGGGCUCUGUUCUAAAAGUGAUCUCUGUGCCCAAACAGAGUUGGCAUCAUAUGGAGGAGCUUGUUCUGGAGGAGCUACAGGUCUUCAAGGAUGCCUCCCCUGUCACAAGUAUGCAGAUUUCUUCCAAGCGGCAACAGCUCUAUGUGGGGUCUGCAAAGGGAGUUUCUCAACUGCCUCUCCAUCGAUGUGGGAUUUAUGGGAAGGCAUGUGCAGAGUGCUGCCUAGCUAGAGAUCCCUACUGUGCAUGGGAUGGUGCCAGUUGUACCAGAUACCUGCCCAACACUAAGAGGAGGUCUCGUCGUCAGGAUGUAAGAAAUGGAGACCCUAACACUCUGUGUUCUGGAGAACAACAGAGGUUUAGUGUGCAAGAAAAGCGUCUUUUUGGUGUUGAGGGAAGCAGUGUGUUCUUGGAGUGUCUCCCCAAAUCACUGCGUGCUCAGGUCACAUGGACUCAUCAGAAGUCACCUGACACCCCAAGGAAAGAGGUACAGUUUGAUGAGCGUGUUAUCCAGACAGAUCGUGGGAUCUUAUUGAGGACUACUAUGCGUCGUGAUGCAGGGACAUUCCUUUGUCAUUCCUCUGAGCAUGGAUUCACCCAGGCCUUGCUUCGGAUUGUCCUGGAAGUUAUUCCUUCUUCUCGGGCUGAAGAUGUUCCAGGGCUCCAUCGAACUCCACCUCUGCGUUGGUAUCAGGAUUUCCUGCGGCUUGUCCAACAGCCAGGCUCAGCAGAACAAAUGUGUGAAGAUCUCUGGGCUCGCAAGGGCCGGAUCCAACAAGCACCAGAUCCCCAAGGGUAUUCAAAUAAUCCUGGACCUCAAAACUCUCACCCUAGGCCUCUGCCACCAAUCAGCAUCAAGGCAAAAGCUCAGAAAUGGAAGCAUUUAGAGGAUAAGAGAAAGGUGCGGAGCCGCCGGACAAAUGACCACAACAGGGCAGAUCGUGGCCCACGGAGCAUUCCUAGCUAGAGGGCCAAAGUAUCAAAGACACAAGGACAUUUAAACUGAACUGACAACUAAGGGGGGUACAUAUACCCCACAAUGUUACAGAUAAUAGAGGGAUCACUUAAUCUCCUUUGAAUCAUUCCUUGCAGAGCAAUGUGUGUGUGUGCAGAGCAUUGCCCUGUUGCCAAAGAUCAAGUUUUUGCUCUUUUAACUUCUUCCAGACUACAGAGGACUACAGAACCUAGUAAGCAACAGAUGGAUAUUAGUCCACAACACUAUUUGAUCUUCGUAUAUUUAUACUUUGUCCCUUUCCUAAGGAGAGCACUUCCUUUGCCCACAUCACCAAGACCGCUGAUUCUGGUCUUGAUUUAACAGCACCCAUACGCUGAAACUCCAAGGAUGCUCAGUGUUUAUGUCUUCCUACUCCAAUAUUAUUCACUGUUUCUAUUUGAAUAUGAGCAUGAGGUUGGGUUGUGAGAGCAGCCAGUCAGAGAAUUACAUCACACUAUAGCCUAAAGGUUACCUCUUUUGUGGAGUGCACUUUAACAUAAUGGCAAAAAAUGCCAUUAAGGGUAAUACAAAAUAUUAUAUGCAACCCUGGAGAAACAGAAAUCAACUACAUGACCUGCAAGAUCUUCCUAUGUCUGUGUAUACAGAUAAAAAGCACAGGUCAAUAUUACUCCAUAUUUGUUGAACCAAUACCACUUAGCUUAUCUUUAUGUGUAUUUUUACACAUACAAUAGUCAGCACCAUUUGUUAUAUGUACAAGGACAGAUUAUGUAAAAUGUUCUAUAUUAAUGUAUUUAAGUGUACAUGCAUUUGGUGUUGCUGGUGCCAUUACAAAUGGAAAAGGCAGGCAAUGCUAGAAAUGGCCAAAAACUGAGACAAUGUCCCUACUGUAAUGCACAAUCACUGUAUACACGAGACCUUAUCCUGACUCUAAACUAAUCACUCCAAGAUUACAAAAACAUCCAAUUCCCAUGAUCUCUUAUACAAUACAGAUAUUUAUUUUCACUUUUCUCUAAUCCUCUCCAAUGCUACCCAAAUGACGACAGUGUGUCUCCAGGCAUGAAGGGGUCAAACCAUAGAAGAGUUGAUGCCAAUUCCUGUAUAUAAAUCCUCUUUAUAAGCAACAUACUAUUUAACCCUUUGAGAGCUGAAAAGCCACCAUAGAGCACCUUAUCAGUGCCAAAACUAACAAGAUUCCCCUUAUUUACUAAUUAUCCACAAAUACAGACUGUCGCUAUUUCUCUGUUAGUGUAAAUAUUAUUGAAAAUGUAAAUUAACUUUUUUUUCUGCUGCUAGAGUCAAACCAGCGUCCAGUUCAAGUCCUAAUUCCAUAUUUCUUCACUGUAGAAGAGGGGGGGAUAACAUAUGGAGGACUUAAUUGAGCAGGAAAAAAAGCUGGAGAGAAAAAAAAAAUAAUCCUAUUAAGUUAACACAAUAAAAGCAAUUAUUUA